AUGAAGAAGAGAAGAGAAGAUCCUAAAGUAAGAGGGACUAGAGUAACUCAGAUCAAUACAACUACCACCGAACCUAAAAUAAAGAGAACCAAGAGAACCAAAAAAACGAAAGUUGCUAAGAAAACGAUUCAAAAAAAAUUACCCAAGGACGAUGAUGCAUUAUAUGGAAUAUUAGAUGAACCAAACAUUAAUUAUAUACAAUUUGGCGUAGACAAGAGAUUUCAUACAUGGUACGGUACUAAUAUAUAUUUCGAAAAUGGUAGUAGAGACCUUGGUAUUGUCACUGAGAAUGGUGUAGAUCGCGGAGGUGUAAUAGAGUCUGAAUUGGUGAAGAAAAAACCGACUACCAAGAAAGCUUCAAAGAUGUGGUUAGAUACUUUAUAUGUUUGUGAAUAUUGUUUUAAAUAUACUGAUAUCAAGCAACAUUUAAUCGAUCAUACCAAGGUUUGUACAUUUAAGAGCCAUUGUCCUCCGGGCAAGAUAAAAUAUAAAUCUCCAAAAUAUACUAUAAGAAGAGUGAAGGGUGUCAAGCAUAGAUUAUUUUGUCAGUGUCUUUGCUUAUUUACUAAAUUAUUUCUUGAUAAUAAGUCGAUGUAUUUCAAAGUGGAUAACUAUGAAUUCUAUGUGUUAUAUGAAACCAAUGACAAUAAACCGAUUGGUUUUUUUUCAAAGGAUCUCCUAUCAUACCAACAAAACAACUUGGCGUGUAUCUUAGUGUUCCCCCCAUAUCAAAGAAGACAAUUAGGUACACUAUUGAUUGAGUUUUCGUACAAAUUAUCAAGACUACAAAAUCUAAUUACUGGACCGGAAUUACCUUUAUCACCAUUUGGACUAAUAGGAUAUAUGUAUUAUUGGUCAAGUAUUAUUGCUUAUGAAGUCAUAGAUGGAGAAUUGUCCAACAGAUCAACGAUGUCAUUGAACGAGCUUUCCCUUGCGACAGGAAUACGAACUAACGAUGUGGUGAUGACUCUAAAACAUUUAAAUUGCUUAGAUUCAAAAAAUAGAAUAAACAUUCAAAUAAUUCGUGAAUGGUUCAAGAAACAAAAAACAUCUAAGAAACAAACAAUAGAUGAUACAGGUAAUAUUAUGAUAGAAGAAAAAUACCUUCUUAUUGAUGAUUGA